UUGAUCCUAUAUUACAUCCUCGCAAACAAUGCAUUUCACCUUUGUCCUCGCGGUUGUUGCUGCUUUGACAGCAUCAAUAUCUGCCAGUGACGCUGACAGUCUUGAUGACUGCAAUUUCUUUUGCGUGCAUAGCACACAAUGCCAAGGCUGCCCUUGGGAUGAAUGGUGUGUCCUCUUUAUAUGCACCAGCGCGUAGUUUGUGGCCGUUGAUCAAUGUGACGGUAACCUGCCUUGAUCGAGUGGCAAAGGAACCGAUCACGAUCGUCGACGAAGAGUGCAGACCUAAGGUUACGAGUCUUGGCUUACAUGCGUUUCAAAUGGAUUUGAUUUCUCUUUUAUCACGGGCUCUUGUACUGUAUUGCGCGAGUCUCUGUUGCGUUGUAGUCUACUUGCCGUCACAAACAUGUUUGCAUUUUACUGCCACUCGAGAAAUGGAGAAAAUAGAGGUCUCACUGCCACCAGCCAUACCUUACAAUGUUCGGUUACCUUUCAUGCAAACUAGUAGACUUGUCAGUGUCACUGGGAGCAAACUUUUCGUCUGUAAGUACCCCGAGCAUAGAGAUGAGGCCUUUGGUGUGCGCUGCCAGUUUUCUGUCCCUCACAGGGCUAGUCAAUGUUCGAUCCUUUUCGGCUGGAUGGACUCCAGGGUAAUCCGUCCUGAGCGGAAGUCCCUCACCAGUAGUACGCGUCUUACAUUCACCCCUGCAACACAACAUGGGCCGGGAGAUGUCGUUCCUGGACACCCUUGUGACAGUAGGACGUAUCUUCUCUCAUCGGACUCAACAUUACUGGAGCUCCAGCUGUGGGAUGAGCGGAUACCUCUCAUCGAUCACAGACGAGAACUACGCAGAAUUGAUUGUGAAAGAGACACUGACUACGGAGGAGAAGGAACGAGUUUGGUUUCCUUCAAAUAAUAACUGUCACCACGGGACAGCCAAGAAGAUGUCUCGGGGCGUGAGUGCUGUUACGAUUGUUUAUCUCUGUUUUGUG